AAUCGGUUCUACUAUAUAUAUAACCCCAAGUCACAGCCCAUGUCGACCAAAUCAAAUCAUAAAAAAAAAAGGAAUUAUUGUCUCGAUAUAUCGAUAUAUAAAUUAUAUGCAAAUAUUCCGACGACCUUACGAGACAAAAGCUUGGCAGAACCGAAUCUGUCCAGCGGAGACUAUGGUGAAGAUUCAUCCCGACCGAACAACCCUUGCUGCCGGAGAAGAAACAAGUUCGCCGUACCUAACGACGGAGAAAGAGAGUUUCACGAUUUGGAUGAAGUCGUUGGUGUUCAAUACAAAUGGCUGCACCGUCUUCGAUUCAAAAGGAAAUAUAAUUUAUCGUGUCGAUAAUUAUAACUCUAAGAGCUGCCGUGAAGUUUACCUGAUGGAUUUACACGGUCAUGUCUUGUUGACCUUGCGUAGACAGAAGUUUGGAUUAUUCAAGACAUGGGAAGGAUACAGAACACCAUCGGGGACAGCUGAAUCAACAACAAACUUCGAAUAUUUUAGAGUGAAAAACAAUAUGUUUAAAAUUCCGAGUAAAGAUUCAUCUUCUUCGUAUAGAGUGAUAAAGGGAACGUGUAAGAACGAUGAACAAUAUUGUUAUAAGAUGGUAAGUCGGGGAUCAAGUUUAGGAAUCGAGGAGAGCUGUGGAAGACUUGUGGCAGAAGUGAAGAGAAAACAAUCGAGGAAUGGUUUGGAGUUAGGAGAUGAUGUUUUGACGAUGGUGGUUGAGUCACAAGUUGAUCACUCUUUCAUCAUCGGACUUGUUUUAACUCAUAGUCUUAUCAACUGUAAACUGUAAUAAAAGGUGAAAAAAAUUACUAACUGAUGGUUUUUUGGAUUGGAAUUAUCAUUAGUUUUUAACUUUCACAAAAUUUUGUCG